AGAGUCAUAUUCGUCUUCACCUCUCAUCCUGAUACCCGCUCACUGAUAUCUCUGGUAAAAUGGGCGACGAGUGGAACCCUGACCCCGUACCGUCUUCGGAGUUGGAUGUACUCUUCGUUCUGGAUGUUACUGGAAGCAUGCAGCCAUACAUCGACAGAGCCAGGGACGAGAUUAACAACAUCGCGACCGACCUUAAAGCAUAUGAAGGUUAUGGCCCAGGCGAGCUGCGCUUCGGGCUCAUUGUCUUCCGCGAUCACCCGCCGCAAGACAGGACUAUGCUUGCCCAUACGUACGGCUUCACCUCAGAUAUCAACUCCCUCCGACGUGACCUUACUAGCCUGCGAGCUACCGGAGGUGGUGAUGGCCCAGAGGCACAGGAAGAUGCCUUAGAGCUCGCCCUGUUUGCGGGCUGGCGCUCGGGCGCCGCCAAGGCUGUUGAGCUGAUCACUGACUCGCCGCCCCACGGCGUCUCACCGGGAAGCGGCGAUGGGUUCCCCAGUGGCUGCCCCUUGCUAAUCGACAUUCUCCGUACCGCUGACCGCAUGGCGGACAAGGGAAUCUCUCUGCAUGUCCUCGCAUGCGAGCCCUCCCUCGACAACUACAGGGGUGCCCAUGACUUCUAUGUGGGCCUCUCUGACAGAACGAAGGGUUCGUUCGCGCCCCUCGCGGAUCCGGGACCAAUGAGAAUGCUCGUCACCGGCUUUGCCUCUAAGGCGAUCGACAGUGACCGCUUCACUACGCAGUACAGGCGAUCUAUCCAGCACCACGCGCAUGUGAAGAAGCGUACCGCGCACGAUAUCGCGGUGGACCUCCAUGCACACCUUUCAGCGGAAGGCGCCCACCACUUUGAUGUCACCCAUUCAGGCAUCUAUAAACACCACGAAGAGGGAAACAGAGACGCACACAUCUGGGCCACGGCGCGCUCGCUGAGGGAUGCCAAGCAGCGGGUCUCGCAGCCAGCAGGCAAGCGGCUCACGCCCGCGCAUCGCGGCGGCGGUCAUUAUCCUCUCAAGUGUGGAAAGAUACCUAUCACGCGCGGCCAUGUAAUUUAAUUCAGUUGACGCAUCUCUCGACGCUCAGCUGAUAGCAUGCUGCUAGGUGGACACGAUCAUCUUCAAAGCGCUCAAGUCGGGCGGCGGGGCAAGUGGCGGUGGCUCGAAAGCUGUGAGUCCUGUUCUUGCGUUUGCCGUUAUAGAGAUUGUACCAACAUGCAUCCAGCACAUGGGAAGUCAUGCUAGCGCGAUUCUGCAAUCGGCGGGGCGGAGGUAAUCAGACUGCCCGUGCGCUUGAGCUUACGAUGAUGUUGCUACAUGGUCGUGUUAGGGUCCCGCUUGUGGUCUAUGAUCUUGUACUAUAAAGGCCGGUUUCAGAUUCAAAGCAUAUCGUCGUUCUUUGACUUGUGAGUCAAGCAAAAAUUAU